GCAGCCUAUCUUCGGACGGGUGGAGCCAGGAGACUACUGGAGCUGUAAUCACGGGCCAACACUAAUGUCUACAUUAGGAGGUGCAGCCCCUGGCACAGCCCCAACCGCCUACCCAGGGACAGCCCCAGGCACAGCCCCUGGAGGCACAGCCCCAGCCCCCCACCCAGGGACAGCCCCCGGCACAUGAUGGAGAGUCAACAGAUGAGGCAGGGAAGGCAGAGAUGACGAAGGCGAAGAAGAAGAUGACGAGCAGGAGAGACAGGCUAUUCAAGUCCAGGCUGCGUGUCGCGCUGGAGCUGCUCAAUGAGGAGGAGUAUGGGUUCUUCCAACACUCAGGACCGAUGUACAUGUCGGACGAAGAAAGUGACGAGGAAGACAAGACGGUCGUCUGGGUGAAGCCGCCUCAGUGGCGGACACCCAGACUGACCGACAUGGUGCUAAGGUGCCAGGCAGUCCUGGACCUGAACCGGAGGAACAACACAACCCCUUCCUCCAACAAGGAGAGAAAGAGAAAGGACUUGGACUUUACAGACAGGCUGAGGCCAUCAGGACGCGCCGCCGAGAUGUACAUCUGA